CGGCCUGUGGUGCUCGCUGGACGGGCUGGCCGACGGGUCGGCGACGAUGCCGCCCCGGCUGGCGGGGACGCGCAAGUUCGACUGGAGCUUCCUCUUCGUGCUGGCCUUCAUCGUGGCGGGCGGCGUCGGCAACAUCCUGGUGUGCCUAGCCAUCAUCCUGGACCGGCGGCUGCAGAACGUGACCAACUACUUCCUGCUGUCGCUGGCCGUGGCCGACCUCCUCGUCAGCCUGUUCGUCAUGCCGCUAGGGGCCAUCCCCGGCUUCCUCGGCUACUGGCCGCUGGGCGUCGUCUGGUGCAACAUCUACGCCACGUGCGACGUGCUGGCCUGCUCCGCCUCCAUCCUGCACAUGUGCUUCAUCUCGCUGGGCCGCUACCUGGGCAUCCGGAACCCGCUCAAGACGAGGAGGGCCUACUCCACCAAGCGGAUGGUGGCCCUCAAGAUCUCCCUCGUCUGGAUCCUGGCCAUGCUCAUCUCGAGUUCCAUCACCGUGCUGGGCGCGGUCAACCCGGACAACAUCAUGCCCAGGGAGGGCGAGUGCGUCAUCAACAACCGUGCCUUCUUCGUGUUCGGCUCGCUGGUGGCCUUCUACAUCCCCAUGGUGACCAUGGUGGUCACGUACGUGCUGACGGUGCAGCUGCUGCGGAAGAAGGCGCGCUUCGCCGUCGAGCACCCCGACACGGACCACUGGGGCCGGCUGGGGGGCCGCUUCGCCGCCGUCAAGCGCCGGCCGGCCAGGCCUCACAGCACGUCGCAGCCGGAGCUGAGCGAGUACAUGCGCGGGCCCACGCCGGGCAGCCCCGGGGGCACGGCCAUCGCGCUGGGCCUGGCGCUGGCCAAGAGGAACGAGAACGCCUCGGAGCAGGCCGGCGGUCGCAAGAACCGCCGCAACCUCCGCCUCAACGUGACGCCCUCCACCCUCAACCUCAAGUUCUUGCAGAACCGCAGCAAGCGGCAGACGCUGGCGCUCAACGCGGUGGCCACCGAGCAGAAGGCGUCCAAGGUGCUGGGGCUCGUGUUCUUCACGUUCGUGCUGUGCUGGGCCCCCUUCUUCCUGCUCAACAUCGUGUUCGCCAUCUGCCCGUCGUGCCAGAAGCGCGUCCCGCACCACGUCAUCGACACGUGCCUGUGGCUGGGCUACGUGUCGUCCACCAUCAACCCCAUCAUCUACACGGUCUUCAACCGCACCUUCCGGGCGGCCUUCAUCCGCCUGCUGACGUGCAGGUGCAGCCGCGUGUCUCGGCCGCCGCGCUACCGGUCCGUCACGGACACGCGCACCGCGGCGUCCACGCCGGGGCUCAACUUCGGCCCCGGGUACAAAUUAUAUCUAACCAUUUCUUUCAUGAAGAAACGCAUGUUCAUAAUGUAUAGAAUUUCACAUUUAAGAAAUGAAAGGGGUCUUGUAAGGAGAGAAUGGCAUAGGUUGACAAAGUACCAUUUGUCAAAUCAUUCCAUAGUCUCACAGCGCUGCCUCAAGAAGCAUGAAAUGAAAAAAAGAAUAAUUAGUGUUUAUAGAAGCAUUUAUUGUCUGCAUUUUGCAUCCAUCACCUGUCCUAAUGUUAGUUACUACGUGAUCUUGCAAUCCUCCAGAACUGUUUUUGUCUGUAGCCAAACUGAUUUGGACUGA